ACGAUAUCAAGUCACUGUAGCCUCGUUUGUUCGCCUGCCACCCAACACCUUUCACUGUCCAUUCCCGUUUUACCAACAGAACCCAUGACAAGGUCGCAGAAAGGUACCUCUCGGCAGAAUAAAAAAACAGCAUUGCCAUAGCCGGUGAAUCUCCGAUCGAUCACUUACAUUAAUUGCAAGACAUUUGCUAGAUAAAUCCAAGGGCGCCAAGGAAGGCCAUGUGCCAACCAAAUACGACAAGUGGACGCACGAGGAGAGCGAAAAGAUGCUCGACUACCUCUGCCGGCCCGAGAACCUGCGGGUGUUCCUCUACAACAAAAACUACUGCUACAACCAGAUCAGCGAGCAUAUCCUGCGCGACCGGUCGGCGGGCCAGAUCAAGAACAAGCUCGCCAGCCUCGAGAACCGCUACAAGAAGGCACAGCGGCAAUUUCAAAAGUGGCUCGAGGUCCGCUCACUUGAGGCCGACGCCAUGACAUCCGCGCAGAAAAAGGAGGCUUACGACUGCUUUGAUCCGCCUGUUCCCGAGUUCCCGCAUCUGGACACGGUGUUUAAGGCGAAGCCAACCCGGCUCAGAGUCAGCCUGCUCAGCCUCGAGACCACAGGCCAGCAGCCAACGAUUGACGCAGCCAGCGUUGCCAUGCAGAGCAAGAAGCGCCGCAUUGACGACAUGGAUGGCACAGGGUUCCUGCAAAGCCCCACGUUCAGCGUGCGUCGCCACACAGAGGGCGAGCUUAGAGGCCUGCCACGCCCGCCCACCUGCUCUGGUCCAGCCGACAGUACAACAGUAGAUGCCGUCGGUUCCACCAAUCACAGCGGACUUCGGUCGGGAAACAGCCAGUUGCCGCUGAUGCCGCCCUCUGUCUCUACCGAGACAACCAUUACCGCCGAUAGCGGCAGGCCCAUGAGCCGUGCCUACAGUCGCCAGGACAGUAACAUCUCAGGGCUAUCGCCGUCGCCGUCCAACUUCCUGUCGCCACUCAGUGGCUGGGCCAUGGGCCAGAGCUCGCGCAAGACCUCUUACCAUGAAAGCAACAGAUUCUUGAGCCUGUCGCCUCGGCUGCCAAUCGACCAGCGGCGUAAUUCCAUCGCUGCCAUCGUCCAUGCACCGAACAGCCUCAUGGCUGGCCAGCAGCCGGCAGGCAGUGCUAGCGGAGACACACACCGCAACUCCGAUGCCUCCUCGGCGACGACAAGGAUCGAGCAUGUGUCGACUCUGGCGAACCGGUCACUUGGCCCAGAAGAGAUCACACUGCAUAGCCGCGAGCUGAUGAUCCGCGAGCGCGAGCAAGAGCACCAGCACCGGCUGGAUCUGAUGCGGCAGCAGCACGAGUACCAAAUCAACAUGGCGCAGAUUGCGCUGCGGCAGCGCGAGCUUGCGGUACGUGAAAAGGAAGCUGACCUGGCGUUCCAGUCGUUUGCGACGAGCCAGGCGCCGCUGGGAAUGCCCAGGCGUGCUAGCUUUGCUCCCUCGCUUGAGUGCUACCGCAUUGGCAGCCCGAUGAGACCCAAACAGACGGCGUUCCGUGGCACGCGCCACAUGUCGUUCCAGGCAGAUACCAGCACGCCACUGAUCAACGUCACUGCGCCCCAGGCUGCCACUCUGCCGUCGCCGGCAGAGACCAGUGACCGUGCCAAGGCAGAUACCAGCAGCAGCGAUGCAAGCGAUCGGUCGGCCACAGACCUACUGAAUCUGCCUUCGGACGAUCUGCUGAAAUACAGGACCACAGCAACCCCCGAGGACCAACAGCCGCACCACUCAGCUGCUUCGCAGCAAGACUCCCCGUCACAUUAUACCAUGCCUGUCCAGCACAACUACGUCCUGUCGUCAUUGGCUCCUGCACCUGGUGGCAGCAGUGCCGCCCCUGGUGAGAUGCUGUUGAUAGCCCCGCCCACGGCUCAUGUAUACGGUAGCAGUGAUACCCUUCACAGUGCGCUGUCGUCGUCAACCGUCCAUACGCCGGGUACUGUGACGACAGUGGCGCCAGCCGACCAGCUUCCCUAUGCGUCGAAGCCCAUUGAGUCACAGUACACUCAAUCACUGCGUUCCUCACACAAUUAAACUGCUACAUCUUUUUCC